AUGCACCAUCAAAAAUACUACGACAUGGAGCAUCUAAAAAAAUACUUCGCUAGCAAACUGAGGGAGUCCUGCCAAGCUGUCCUGACUUCAUACAAAGUUUCUGUAGAGAUGAUAUCCUCACUUAGAGAGGAGUUGCAAGAUAGUCUGAAUAAUGCCAAUAGAUCAAUCGAGGAAUCUAGUUCUUCAGGACAACAUUGUAAAGGAAAGCAAAAUCUGCUUUCUUUCAUUCCCGAGAAUCCCACAAACUGA